AUGUUUUUAAGUAGGUGUAUAAAGAUGAAAUUUAAUCAAUUGAAUGCUGAACUCCAAAGCAUGCUGACAACAAGUAUCGAUUUUCCACAACAUAAAAGAAUUCUCCGAAUGAAAGAUAAUUGGGAAAAUGUUUUUUCCUUAUCUACAAUUUAUCGAACGUACCAAGUGAGUGAAAAUCUUAGGAAAUUGAAGACAAUCAGACAAAUCCAUUCAGAAUUAAUAAAAUGUGCUAGAAUAAUAAACGAAGCUUAUGGAUUCCUAAUUCUUAUGUCCACGUCUUUAUCUGUCAUUCGUGAUUUUAUGUACCAAUUAGUCCAAAAUCGUUUAACCUUUACCGCCUGCGGAUUCUACGAUCUAGAUUAUACAUUUAUAUACAAUGCGAUUGGUUUAAUUACUACCUAUCUUGUUAUUCUUAUUCAAGUUGAAGGUAAACCUAAUAUAGUAUCCAAAAAUACCAUCAAACCAUUGGUAAUAAUUAAUUCGAUUUUGACCACUGGUUUGGUUGAAUAUUCCAUCGAUAAUAAGAUUAACACGAUCGGCAUGGUUUAUGCUUGUUUCUUAAUCAUUUUAUACGUUACUGUGGGCAAUUUAUUUUCAUUUCCGAUGGAAGAUUAUAGCAUGAAACCACAGAUUAUGCAAAUAACGCAUCAGUUACAUACUUAUAGCUGCUAUGUGUUUUUCCUUGUUACCAUUGUUGCUGGGAUUCUCAGAAGAAAGAAAUUGAGACAUCUCACAUUGCAAAUAGAAACUUGUAUUCGAAAUAUGGAUCAACUAAAUAUACCAAUGGAUUUUUCUAAAUACUUUUGGCAACAGUGUUAUGCUAUAUUAUUCUCUGUUUGCAUCUUAAUAGCUAUGCCUAUAAUCGAUCAUCGAUGGUGUAUAAAAACAAAAUUUCGUCAACUGAAUGAAUUACUAAAAAAAAUGCUUACGACUACUGUCGAUUCGCCUCAACAUAAAAGAAUUCAUCGAAUGUUGAAUAACAGGAAGAACGACUCUACAUCAUUUGAUAUUUGUCAAACGGAGAUACAUUUACAAUUAAUCAAGUGUGCUAGGAAUACAAGUCAUGCGUAUAGUUUGCAUAUUUUUAUGUCCGUAUCAACAGCUCUUUUUUUUAUCAUUACUGUGGCUUAUAAUGUUAAGUCAUGUAUGCGCAGGAACUAUAAUGGAGAUAUUCUUUGUGAAUUGUACGAACCAUCAACCAGUAAUGAAUUUCGUACUGAGAUUCGCGGCUUUAUCGUACAACUUAUUCAAAAUCCAUUGAUAUUUACAUUUUAUGGCUUUUUUGAUCUCAACUAUAUAUUGAUACGUAAUAUAAUCGGUGCUGUUAUAAGUUACCUCGUUAUUCUCAUUCAAAUUGGGAAAGUAUCAGCAUAA